UUCAGUUUUAGGAAAUGCAGUUAUGCAGGUGACAAGUGCAGUUUCCGCAGAAAUGUCAAGUGUUAAUACAUUGAAAAGGACAAUUCAACGUGUACGCCAAAAGGAGGAAGCUGCACCAGCUAAUCCAAGUAAUUUUGAAUUUAUUAUACCAGAUAAAUAUAAAUAUAACUCCAAUGGUGAAUUAUUUUUAAAAUUCGAUAGCGGUCCUACUGAAUCACGUAUUUUAAUAUUUACAACUCAACAAAAUUUAGAUUUUAUGAGUGAAUGUAAUAAUUGGUUUUGUGACGGUACAUUUUCAGUGGCACCUCCCAUUUUUGCUCAGUUAUAUACUAUACACGGGGUAUGUUAUUCCAACGUUAUUCCUAGUGUUUAUGUAUUACUGCCAGAUAAAAAAGAAAAAACUUACCGUCACAUGUUUGAAAUUUUAAAAUCACUGAAGUCAAAUUUAAAUCCAAAAAGUAUUAUGAUAGAUUAUGAAAGAGCAGCUUUAAAUGCAAUCGAAACGGAGUUUUGUAAUACCGAGGUAAAAGGUUGUUUCUUUCAUAUGUCGCAAUGCAUUUGGCGUCAUGUCCAAGAAUUGGGCCUACAGACAACUUAUCGAAAUGAUCCAGAGUUUUCAUUACGAAUUCGAAUGCUACCAGCAUUAGCUUUUAUUCCAGAAGUAGAUGUAAUAAAAUGUUAUAAUGCAUUACUAGUUACAAAUUAUUACACAGAUAAUGAAGAUCUACUGGCACCGCUGUUGGAUUAUUUCGAAAAUACAUGGGUAGGAAAAUUAGACAGGAGAGGAAAAAGAAAGCCGCCAAAGUAUGCAAUCACAUUAUGGAACUGUUUUUCGAGAGUAAUUCAAGAUUUGGCUACCACAAAUAAUGCUAUAGAAGGGUGGCACAAUUGUUUCACAUCACUUAUAAAUAGUAUACAUCCUUCAAUUUGGCGAUUUAUAGAUGCAUUAAAAAAAGAAGAGAGCAUUAACAGAUUCAAAAUCGAACAAUAUGUUGGGGGCAACGAGCCACCCAAAAAAAAAAUUUACCGAGAUAGAGCAGCUAAAAUAAAAAAAAUUUGUACCACUUAUAACAAUAAUACAAAUAUUGAAGACUAUCUUCGUGGCAUUGCAUACAAUUUUCAAUUGCAAAUUUAAUAUUUAGUGUUUUUCAUUAUUAUGUACCUACCUUGAUGAUUUAUAAUACUAUAUAUAUAUACUGAACAAUAUUUUUUAAACAUUUUUAAUCUAAGACGAAAAAUAUAUUUUUAACCAUACAUGUAACCAGAAUUGUGCCAAAUUUAUUAAAAUUAAAUAUAUAUUCAAAAUAUUUUUAUAUUACUGAAAAUGUUAUUUUUCGAUCAAUUGAUGUACGGUAAAUUGCAAUUGCGAUCAAUUGGCUUGCGAUCAAUAAUUUGCGGUAAA